AUGAGUUCUGCCCUGGGAAGCCACCUCCUCGCCGACGUCACCAAACGAAAGGCCGCUCGCAGCGCUCGCGUUGCCAGCUGGGACCAAAGCGGACUCAACGAAGAUGCAUUUGUCGUCCUGCCCGGUGAAACCGCUGUGCUCGCCGAUCUCCAGGGCCCUGGUGCAAUUACGCACCUGUGGUUUGUGCAAACCUGCCGCAAGAUCCUUGGACCGGGCCUGAUCCCGUACGCCAAGUCCGGAGUGGCCAUGAUGGAGAUCCAUAACGCACUCGGACUGAACUUUGAAGUCAAUGACCCCGACUACUACCGUAAAGUCCUCAUCAAGAUGUACUGGGAUGAGUCUGAGAGUCCGAACGUGCUGGCGCCGAUUGGAGACUUCUUCUGCCUCGGCCACUCGAUGGCGGCGAACUUCCAGUCCCUCCCGUUCACCGUCUCUGUGAAACCGUCGGAGGAGAAGCAGUAUGGGGGUGCCGCAGCCUUCAACUGCUACCUGACCAUGCCCUUCAACAAGCGCGCCCGGAUCGAGAUCGAGAACCAAAACGACGAGGCCUACAUCCAGUACUUCUACAUUGAUUACGAGCUCUAUGCGGAGCCACUCCCCAAGGACACGCUGUUCUUCCACGCUCAUUGGCGUCGCGAGAACCCGACGAACGGCUGGGCCCCGUCCUGCAUCCAGACCAACAGCCUCGAGACCCAGGUCAAGAACCUUGACGGGAAGAGCAAUUACGUCAUUCUCGAAACCGAAGGCGCAGGCCAGUACAUCGGCUGCAACCACUCCGUGUGGCAUGAGCAGGGCACCUGGUGGGGCGAAGGGGACGAUAUGAUCUUCAUCGACGACGACAGCUGGCCGCCGAGCAUGCACGGCACGGGCGGCGAAGACUACUUCUCGCAGGGCUGGGGCAUGCAGAAGAACGCCUAUCCCUUCUGCGGCACCAUUAUCCACGAGGACGACGUGCCCAACACCCAGGUGAGCUAUCGCUGGCACCUCGCUGAUCCUGUCCGCUUCAGCCGGAAGAUCAAAGUCACCAUGGAAUCCGGCCAUGCGAACCACCUCCGUGACGAUUGGUCGACCACCGCGUAUUGGUACCAAACCUUGCCUGGGCCCAAACUGGACAUUUUGCCGGUGGAGAAGCGACUGCCCCGGAGACCUGCCGUGCCACCGAUUCCGGAACCGAGUGAGAGGGAAAUCGCUGCGCUGAGUGCAGAGAAGAAGGAGAAGCUCGCACAGCACCGCGAGAGAUACGAGGCGUUUGUCAAGGAUCGGAACGACUGGUUGGAGAGGCGAGCGAAGGAUACAAAGCAGCGGGCGCUGAACAAUGUUUGGAUCUGUGAGGACAUCCGUCAGCGGUUCUUGACCAGUCUUAGGGAGUAG